AUGACUAUUAGUGGAAUUGAGAAUAAUAAUAUUGGAAACCAGGUCCUUUUAGUUGCCCUUGGUGGUGCCUCAUCUUCUGGUAAAACCACCGUUGCAAAAGCACUCAAGUUAUUAAUUCCUAGUUCUGUCCUAAUACAUUUGGAUGACUUUUAUUUUACAGAUUCCGAUAUUCCUGUUGAUCCUGAGACUGGAUAUCAAAAUUGGGAUUGUCCGCAAGCCAUAGACUUUGAUAGAUUUACAGAAUGUCUUCAAAAUUUGAAAAAAGGGGUAUUCACAAGUGUCAAAUCAAUUGAGCCAAGCGAAUCCGAUUUGAAGUUACUGAAGGAAGAAGAAAUUCAUUUUGCUAAAGAGAUUACAAAUAACAGUCAGAAGUUUGUCAAAAAGAAAAUAGUAUUAGUGGACGGGUUUAUGUUAUUUCAUGACCCUAAUAUUAUUAAAUUGUUUGAUAUAAAAUUGUUCUUUCAUGCCCCAUUUGAUACAUUAAAGUCUAGACGCGAAGCCAGAAAAGGUUACACUACUGCUGAGGGGUUUUGGGUUGAUCCUCCUAAUUACUUCUCCAAAAUUGUGUGGCCAGCGUAUGUCAAGAGUCACGCAUAUUUAUAUCAGGAAGAGAAGGUAGAUAGCAACGAAUUGAAUCAGCAAAUAGUUCAAAGGUAUGAUCUAGUUGAUGUGGACAAUAAUGAUACCACUAGGCUUUAUGCGUUGGUAGAGACGUCAUUAUCAUCAAUUAUUAAUCACUUGUAA